AUGGCGCCAAUCUCACUCUCCGUCCGAAAAGCCUUACCUGAGGAUGCUCCAACUGUCCUCGCACUGGUGCGCUCAGCAUACCGAGGCGAGUCCAGCCGCGCCGGAUGGACCACCGAAGCAGAUCUCGUGGAUGACCAGCGCAUAGACGAAACUGGGCUGCUCACAAAGAUCAACGAGCCGUUUGGGGCGGUUCUUGUUGCCCACGACGAAACCGGCGAAAUGAUUGCGUGCUGCGAAGUGUUGAAGAAAAACGACACUGUUGGAUACUUUGGCCUGUUUGCCGUAAACCCGCUGCGCCAGGCCGGGGGCAUUGGCCGCACUGUUUUGGCCAAGGCAGAGGAGUAUGCCAAGCAGACCUGGGGCCUGUCUGAGAUGCAGAUGACGGUCAUUUGGACGCGAAUUGAGCUCAUAGACUGGUACGUCCGGAGAGGCUAUACGAGAACGGACAAGAAAGAGCCUUUUCCAUACGGCAGCCUGGUGGGUGGUGAGGCGCUGAGAGACGACUUGUAUUUUUCGGUGUUGGUCAAGGCUCUAUGA